ACGUACAGCCGUAUAGUGUAUGCUGUAUCAGCCAGCGAAGGUGUAGGGUACGUUUUCAACGGCCGGGGACCAUCCCAAGCACGAAAGCGCUAGUCUUCUAUAAGUUAAUGAGUCAGAAGAUAGGCGCUCCUGAUCAACUACGAAAGCUGGCUAAUCAUAUUAAUGAUUCUCAAUACUAAUCCGAAGCUGAGUCGCUGAGGGUGUUCUUUCAGGGUUUACUAUGGGCGCAAUAACGUCGAAGCUCGUCGAAGCUCGAAGUUCAAGGCGUAACAAAGAACGACGACAAAAGGAGCAGGCAUCACUCGAUCAUAUAUUCAAGCGAUAUCUUCGAGGGUCCUCCAAAGGUGCCUGUGAGCGCGAUAUACGGGGAUAUGCAGUAUCGCAUGCGAGGAUAGUGGGUUACAUGCUCGUAGUGUAGUGGCACCGCCUUUCGCAGCACUCUUCUCUGGAGCCACUGUCACGUCUGCAUGAAAUUCCUGUAUUCUCCUGCACAUGGCCGUUCGUCGAAUUGAGGAUAAGGGCGGUCACAUAACGGAGCGGGACGACCGUUGUCGCAAGGGGAUGUGGAUGUGCUAUCUGGGGUGCCCAAAUUCGAGCUUGAGGCACUGCUUGUCUCUGAUCAGGGAAGGUUGGAAUUUGUGUACGGCGCUAUCCUGUCAUAAUAUUGCGUCGCAACUAGUUGUCUACAAGCCACCAAAGGGGGAAUAGGAGCGU